CCAUUUCACACUUAUGGUCCUGAUUGAGCUGCAUGAAAAAACAACCUUUAGGAACUGCUAGGAAGGAAGAGGGAAAAAAUUUAGUCUCAGAAGAGAAACCCCUCUAAGUAAAAUUAUUAUUGGUCGUCAACGUGGCAUCCAUGACCAGAAUCCCUCUGCUUAAAUCUACUGAGGGUAUUUAGUUUCUCUCUGGAUUUUUGAAAUGAAAACACCACUAUAUUUUCACUCAAAUCUGUCCUCGCAAAACCUUUUUAUUUGACUUACGCCUCCACAUAGUUGAUCAUGGACCUUCCACCACCAGCAGCACAAUCACACUAAGCAGAAACACCAUUACCAUCUUCUUUGCUCUCUCUCUCUCUCCCCCUGCAACUACAUUACAGAAAGUCUCUUGUCUGCCACUUAUACUGCCAUUUCAUAUCGCCUUCUUUCUUUGAUUGCCUGUGGUUUUUAUCUUCUUUCUUGUCCAAACAGGAUGGAAAGUUCUCUUUUCAUGCUUUCAUUUAUGUCCUUUAAUGACGCGCUAGUUGCAUAAGCUACCUGCAGAAUCAUUUCAUAGACGUAAAGGGUAUUCAGGAAAAAGUUGAUAGAAAGUAAACCCGUGUCACCAGUCACAGGCCUUCCAGUCCAUAUAAAUAAAGCCAUUCCUAAGGGAUUCAUCUCCAUUAAAAACUUAACAGUAGCCAUAGGAAUUCAAAGAGCCCAAGAUGUCACUUUCCUAUGCCAAAAAUUUCUUCCAUCGAUUCUGUAGCGAUGACAUUCAAAUGGAAGGCAUCCCCCAUGGUAGCUUCUUUUCUAGUGACCUCCUACCAUCCCUUGGAGCUAGAAUAAACCAGGCAACCACACUUCGAAGACACAUAAUUUCCCCCUACAAUUCCCGCUACAGGGCUUGGGAGAUGUGGCUUGUUGUGCUAGUCAUUUACUCAGCUUGGAUCUCUCCGUUUGAGUUUGCAUUUCUAACUUACAAGAAAGAUGAUGCUCUUUCAAUCAUUGACAACAUUAUCAAUGGCUUCUUUGCCAUUGAUAUUGUUCUCACCUUUUUCGUUGCAUAUCUCGACAGCCAUACUUAUCUCCUUGUUGAUAAUCCAAAGAAAAUCGCAAUCAGGUACAUAUCUACUUGGUUUCUGUUUGAUGUUUGCUCUACUGCACCAUUUCAGUCCCUCAGUCUCCUGCUCACAAAUCAAAGCAGCAGCCAAAUUGGCUUUAGAUUACUCAACAUGCUAAGACUCUGGCGUCUCCGACGGGUCAGCUCCCUUUUUGCAAGACUUGAGAAGGACAUCCGGUUCAACUAUUUUUGGACUCGGUGCACAAAGCUCAUCUCUGUGACCCUGUUUGCAGUACACUGUGCUGGAUGCUUUAACUACUUGAUUGCAGAUAGGUACCCUGAUCCAAAGAGAACAUGGAUAGGUGCAGUAAACCCAUAUUUCAAAGAAGACAGUCUCUGGGACAGAUAUAUAGCUGCAAUUUACUGGUCUAUUACUACACUAACUACAACUGGAUAUGGGGACUUGCAUGCUGAGAACCCCAGGGAAAUGCUUUUUGACAUCUUCUACAUGUUGUUCAACUUGGGAUUGACAGCUUACCUCAUAGGAAAUAUGACAAACCUUGUUGUUCACUGGACCAGCCGCACAAGGAAUUUUAGGGACACAAUUAGAGCAGCUACAGAAUUUGCCACCCGAAAUCAACUGCCACCUCACAUACAAGAUCAACUGCUGUCGCACUUGUGUCUGAAGUUCAAAACAGAAGGACUGAAGCAGCAAGAAACCCUGAAUGGUCUGCCAAAAGCAAUUCGUUCAAGCAUAGCACACCAUCUUUUCUACCCCAUUGUCGAAAAAGUUUAUCUCUUUCAAGGGGUUUCUUAUGACUUCCUCUUCCAAUUGGUUUCAGAAAUGGAGGCUGAAUAUUUUCCACCCAAGGAGGACAUAAUUCUGCAAAGUGAAGCUUCAACAGAGCUUUAUAUACUUGUCUCAGGAACAGUGGAUUUGAUGUCUUGUGCUGAUGGGAUUUACCAGGUCAUAGGGAAAGCAACUGCAGGGGAUAUUUUUGGAGAGAUAGGAGUUUUAUAUUGCAGGCCACAACCUUUCACAGCUAGGACAAGUGAGAUUUCUCAAAUACUACGACUAUCCAGAACUUCACUGAUUAACACCAUACAGGCAAAUAUGGAAGAUGGUCACAUAAUAAUGAAUAAUCUUUUCAAGAAACUGCAAGGGUCAGAAAGCACAGGCUUUGAUUACCAGAACAAAGCUCCAGGAAAAAUUCUUAAUGCAUGGUGUGAUGAAGGAUCAAAUGAAGGAUGGGGUUCUGAGGCAAUAUGUCAAAAUUACUCACAAGAAGAGCCAAUGAUGCAAGAAGCAGGAAAUUCAUCUGCUGAGGAACUUGAGGCUAGAGGAAAAAGCAGAGGAAUAGGUCAUAAUUUUCUUACACAAGGACCCGAUAUACAUUCAACAAUUGAGGACGACCAAAUGGCUCUUCAGUUUCACACUGCUGUUCACAAAGGGCAUAUUGAAAUGGUUAAGAUUCUGCUGGAAGGAGGAGCAAAUGCAGAGAAAUCAGAUGCCAUAGGACGAACCCCGAAAGCUCUAGCAGAACAGCAGGAAACCAAGAGCAUUUAUGACCUUUUAAAUAAUAAAAAUACUAGGAAAAUAGAUGAAUAUAUAAUAGAUUUUAUUGAGCCAAAAUCAGAUGAAACCAAGAAGCCAAGCAAACAAAAAGGAGUUGGUGGGCCCAAUUAUUUCAAUGUCCAUUCCAAAAUGGUACCCACAAACUCCAGUCCACGCCCCCAUAGCUGUCCCAAUGAUGGGGAAACAAAGAAUACAAAGAAGAGAGUCACUAUCCAUAUGCAGUUUCAUAACAGAAGUAAAUUGCAGAGACCUUUUGGAAAGCUAAUAAUGCUACCUGAUUCCAUAGAAGAGCUGCUCAGAAUUGGUGGUAAGCUUUGUAUGACCUCAAAUGAGCAUUUGAACGUUAACCUAAAUAUUAGGAACAAAAAUUAUAUAUUAAUCUCAAGUGUGAACAGAUCUAAGAAUAAAUGCAAACAAAAAAAUGAACAAAGACAUCAAACCUUGCACAAGAACUAAUAUUGCUCAAUCAUGUUUUCUUAUGCUUUAUCCAAUUUGUCACCAUAGCAACUUGUUAUACUGCAGGUGAAAAGUUUGGCGGCUACAAAUUUUCAAGAGUCAUGAAUGCCGAGAAUGCAGAAAUAGAUGAUACAUGUGUUAUUCGAGAUGGUGAUCAUCUGUUUCUCCGUCAAAAUGACUCUGAAAAUUCGGA